GUAAACACCGCAAGUGUGACAUUAUUUUAAAAAGUAUUGUGAUAAACAGGACAGAAACUUUUAUAUCAUAUAUAUAUAUGGUAUUUAAUAUAGUAAACAUAUACAUUAAAAAACAUGCUUUAAAAUUCUAAAAUGUAAUUGUUCACCUUUACAAGCGGAGUGUGAUUGGUUAGAAAUUACAAAGAAAAUGUUAGAGUUGUUGGAUUUACUCCCAUAUCUGGCAAUCUUUUAAUUAACAAAUGAGACCGCAAUGUAUUAAAGGCAGAACAAAAAUCAACGAUUAGUAGGCGAGCAUAAUCCUUAGGGGUUUCCAGAUCCUUUAUUAUCAAAUGUAUGAUGAAAAUAAUUGCAUCAUCUGUAAGCCUAUACCCUUACCUGUAUGCAAAAUCUUUGCUAUUGGAUAUAACUUUAUAUGUAUAAAGAUAAUUUUAAUUAUAUAAAAUUGCUUAGUAACCAUAACAAUAUAUCUUAUGGCUAUCCUUUUGAAACUGUGUGUAUUUAAAUGUUUAUGGCCUGGCCCUAUUCACUUCCAUUGUUAGCGCCUUAUUGUCACCACAAAUUUUGCUUGUUUUUUAUUAACGUGAGACGAGUUAAAAAUAUUUUUGUGGUAGUUUUUUGCAGUCGUUUGAGCUUAAGGUGUCCCAAACCCCAAAUAUUCCUUUAAAUGGUGCUAGAAGUUCAGACUUUAUUAAAUAUAAGGCAUGAAAUGACACUAUAAUGUUACUGAAAAAAUGUGCCAGAUCAUAACUAGAGAACAGGUAACUACUACAACAUCCGAGCUUUUGUGAAAUGUGAGUUUGCAAAUGUGAAAAAACAUCUUGAUAUUCAUAAAUCAUACUCCAAAGAUAUGCAUCAACAAAACUCAGAAACUAUUCAAUGGAUCAUUGUUUUCCAGCUGCUUUAGUAGUUGGAUUAUGUUGUUUUUGCUGUUUACUAUGGUGUUACUCUUUGAGGUGGUUGUAAAUAAGCCCACGGCCUAAUUACUCUACAGGAAAAGGACAUCUCAGUAAUUAAAAGCCACUUCAGAGAGAACACAGCAUGUUCUUAAUGAUAGCUAAUACUGUAUGAAGGAUGCAGUUGAACUGGGAAGCUUAUAAUAGCUCUUUGAUGGAGAUGUGGGUAAAUGAUGCUGAGUCAUAAUGGUGAACAGGGCGAUUCAGCGCAUGGAUAAUCAGGACAGGAAGUGGAAACCCUCUUUGGAUCAAAUAUGCAUAGGAUGCACUCUGGAGAAGGAGGGGUGCGGGGAGGAGUCAGGCUCCAGAUGAAGUCUGUCCCAUACAGAGUUGCUGCAGUUUACACUGAUAAAUACCAAAGAUCGCAACUUGUGUGUAUGUAUAUCCUCAAGCAUGUUUCAUCUUUAUGCAUGUCUCAUUACGGUUUAAGGAGUAUCUUUUGCGAGUAUUCCCCUAUAAAAAAAGACAAUGGGAGUUGGAUGGGAUAAUCGUGCUGUAGUAGAGAGAAGUGUGUUCAUCAUGCGGAUGCUGCUGAGCCUAUAUCCUCUGCUCCUUAUUUUGUGGAAUAGUGACAGCACUGAGGCUUUGCCUGUACAGGACAAACCAUCACACACCAAUGAGAUACUGACCAAAGACAAGGACUUGUUGAAGAUGAUGAUGACAGACAUGGCGGAGCUGAACCUCACUAGUAAGGAACUAGCAGAUCUUGACUCUGAUUUGCUGAAUGGCAAACUGGGAGAGAGGUCUGUUUUUGGAGAACCAGUUCCUAAAGACAAAUCUCCAUGCAAGCUCUUCUACUGGAAAUCCUUCUCCUCAUGUUAACACUGGAAAGCAUACAGAACCCAGAUGAAUCUGUUUAAUCUACAAUCCUGCCUUUACAGUUAGUCUGUAUUUAACCAUACAAGGCGAUAAAAUGUAUGCAUCCCAUUGCUUCUGCAGUUCUAAUAUUGUAAUGUAUGCGUGAUAACUUUUGAAUAGACAAUUUACACUAACAUUUGUAUUUAUAGUCUGACACAGGUUAUUGUUUGAGAUAAUAUUAACCACUAAUUACAUGGACCUUUUGCAUGUGCACUUUGAAAUGUUUGACAAGGAAAGGUGUAAUAAAAGUUCUCAAAAUCUCUUAUAGGAAUGACAUACAAUCAUUUUAUACAAAACUUCAAAGCUUUCAAUAUUAUAAAUAACACAUGUACGCCAUGUCAUUGUGGCUUGUGAUAGGCCUAAUAAGCCUGUUUGAGGUGUAAUAACUAUGAAGUGUAGUUCUGGCGCCAUCUAAAGGUUUAAAAAGACAAAGCAAUGAAACUACUUGGAAGGAAAUUUAUAUUACAUAUUGCUUUUGUAAACCAGUGAAUAUCAGCGUCAGAAUGGUCAGAAGUCAUGAAUUUCAUAGCACCCACAUGAUGAUGAGUUUUCAUUUUGGGGAUCUCUAUAUAAUGCUGCACCUAGUUGUUGCCAUCUAGUUCCUCACCAAGACAGGACACACUGUUUUUUUUUUUUUUUUUAGACUUAUAUUCAGAUGAGUUUAAGCAGUUUUCUCUUUUAAAACUGGCUGACAGAGAAACAAUGUGACAGGCAUGUAAUAUUA